AUGUCCGUCGAACCUGGUUGGACCUGCUGGAACGGCCUGGCGGACAUGACCUGUUUGAAAGGCAUUCUGCUGGACAGUCACAUGCCGAAGCGUGUGAGUUUGAUCCCAGCCCUUCUGCGUCAAGCGCGUUCUCAAACCUUUCGCUUUGCGGAUGGUGUGCAAAGCUUCUUCGGCACCGGUCGCGUCACACGCGGCAUUGAUGUCGAAGAUCGCUACUGCUUUCUUCCAGGAGAACCGCUGGGCAAGGGCAGCUUCGGAGAAGUGCGCGCGGCAAUGGACAAGUACACCAGGGAACGGAAUGCCGUGAAAUGUGCGACAGCCAAAGGAACACCCAAGGAGAAGCAAGACAUGUUAGAGUCCUUUUUCCAGGAGGCUCAGGUGCAUUUGAACCUGGAUCAUCCGAAUAUCACCAAGCUGUUGCAUGUGCAGCUGAACGGCAUGGCGUUGGGAAAUAGGGCCAUCUCAGUGGGUCGAAAUGUCAUGGAGCUCUGUGCUGGAGGGGAGCUCUAUGAUCGCUGGUACGACCGAGGUGUCUACACGGAGGAAGAGGCGAUCAUCACCAUGAGGCAAAUGCUAGGAGCGUUGAACUACCUUCAUUGGCACCAUGUGUGUCAUCGAGAUUUAAAGCUGGAGAAUUGGGUUUACAAGGACCACAGCGACCAUUCCUUGAAGCUCAUCGACUUUGGCUUUGCCAAAGCCUUCAAGGAGGGCACGCCCAUGACUGCUACGCUGGGCACCAUCUACUACAUUGCGCCGGAGGUCAUCAAAGGUUCCUACAACUACAAGUGUGACAUUUGGAGCACAGGCAUCAUCCUGUACAUGCUUCUGGCGGGUGAGCCACCCUACUAUGACAGCCAUUGCGAUGAUUGGACCAUGCAGAAGAUUCUCCAUGAGCCACUGGAUAUCAAUUGUGCAAUCUGGGAUGACAUCUCCGCCGAGUGCAAAGACUUUGUGUUUCAGGCACUGGAGCGUGACGUGGCCAAACGACCCACUGCCAAAGACUUGACGAAGCACUGCUGGCUGAUCGACGUGGCCGGUGGAGCAUCAGUUGAGAUCAACAAGAAAGUUCUGGAAGACCUUCGUGAUUUUGGAUCAAUGAACGUCAUGAAACGGGCAGCCUUUGGCUUGAUCGCCAGUUCGAUGGCUGGCACGGAUGACCUUCGUGAUCUGGAAAGUGAGUUCAGAAAGCUGGAUCGAGAAGGCAGCGGUACCAUCCUGAAAUCGCAGCUGGCUAAUGCCUUCGUGCGCCAACUGUCGAUGACUGAGCCCGAAGCCAAGGCGCUCUUUGACAAACUCGACUUGUCCGGAGAUCAAGAAAUUGAAUACAGUGAGUUCAUCGCAGCCGCCAAUGGAAGCAGAUACAUGUGCAACGAGGCUCUCAUCAAACAGGCGUUUCAGACUUUGGACGUGGAUGGCAGCGGCUUUAUUUCCGUCGGCAACUUGCGGCAGGUCUUUGGCAACAGGUUCAACGGCAGCACGGUCGAAGAAAUCUUGGCACAGGUGGACAAAGAUCGCAACGGCACAAUUAGCUAUGAGGAGUUCGUGCAGGCCAUGAUGGAGCUAGGACAAGAGAGUUGCCACGCGAACGUGGGCUGUAACGAGGACCUUCGCAAGCGAAUCAGCCGCGCCUACGAAUUUACCUCGGUGGGCCGGCGCAAUCGCCAUCAGCCAGGCCACAAGAAGAACUUCCAGAAAGCCGGCAUGGUCUACAAGGCUUCCCAACGUUUCCAACGAGCCCGAACUCAUCAUGGUCAGCCACCGUCUCUGCUGGGCCGUGGCUGGCAUACGCCCGACAUCUCCAGGCAUUGCAGUCGCGAAUUCAGCCUUGACAAUGCACAAUAUGACUCGCCUGAGCAUCGUGGACUAAGGCCUCCUACGUUGAAUCGUGGCUGGCACACACCAGACAUCUCCAGACAUCCCAGUCGCGACUUCAGUUCGGAGCAAUUAAUGUGAUAUGUCAAGGAGCAGGAGAGAUGAGGAUGAGCCCUGCGGUAAUCCAAGCAAUACAUGCCCUAAAAGGCCCGUAGCACCAUGGAGUUGCAGCGAUAGAUCUUCGGAGCAGCAAGAAUUGGGC